AGCCCUCAAGAUCUCUCAGCUCGGAAAACAUUUUCUUUCUGAAUCAAAGAAUUUGCCAUCUCCUUCAUUUUCUCCGGGAUAAAUAUGGCCAUUCACUUGUCGAGUAUCAUGCAUGCGAAGCAGAUUCUCCGCCGAUCUCUUCUCAUCGGCAGAGAAGGAGUCUCGGUCCCAAAAGGCUACCUUGCAGUCUAUGUUGGAGAGAGACAGAAGAAGAGAUUUGUAGUGCCGGUAUCGUUCUUGAAUCAACCUUUGUUUCAGGACUUGCUGAGCAAGGCCGAGGAAGAAUUUGGCUUUGAUCAUCCUAUGGGCGGUCUCACAAUUCCUUGCACAGAAGACACAUUCAUUGCCCUCACUUCGCAGUUGAGUCAGUCGUAAGAGGAGAUAAACAAGCCAAAAACAAGUUUGUGUAGUAUGAGAUGCUAAUCCCAUGUACAGUCCUUUGAUGUAUUUUUGUAGCAACCUUAUACUGAAUGGGCCCAUUCAAAAGAGAUCAAUGGAAAUUUUGCUUUUUUAGUC